CGCUAGGUGUUCGAUUAUGAACAUAACCUAAAAGUCGGGAGAUUUUCGUUUCGUGAGUUUGUUUUUUUCUUUUCAUUUUUGGGUAGAACCUUUAUCAGCGAACUUUUUCCGUCAUGUCAGCUAAACUCAAUGGAGGCUCCGUGAAUAUUUACCAGAAUCCUGAUAGAAAAUCUUUAGAAAAAGUUGAAUUGCUAGUACGAAAAGAUGGAAUUCUUCAACCUGUACCUGCUUUGAGCAAAGAUUGGAUGGAGAAGAGAACAUUUUUAGAAUACAAAGCGCCACAAAUUUACAAGCCAAAUGGUAAUGAAAUCCUCGGUGCUAAAGACCGUUGGCUCGAAGUUGUGGAGAAUAUCACAACCGAUUUCAAAUGGUUAUUGCAUUUGAAGUUCUACAAAUUUUGGUCCAAUGUUCUGUACAAUCCUACAAUUGGUGAUUGUCUCGUGUCGUGUCUCCAAGAGUUUCCCACCUUUCACAAUCUUGAGACAUUUCCCAAUGAUCCCAUGAUGCGAGAAUCUCUUGAAAACUUGCGUCACAAAGUUUUUCUUUUUUUGGCACGUCUUGUGACGAGCAAACAGAGCAAAGAGGAGUUUAUCACUCAUGAAGUUCAUGGCGAGUUCCUGUACGAUAAUUUUUUACUCACUGUACCUAUGAUGUUUGACAUUUGUCAACUCUAUGCUCGUGAAAACCCGAAACAUGUGGAAAGGAUGCUGAUGACCGCUAUGAAGUUGCAACCUUUGUAUUAUGAUGAUCUUCAAGUUGCUGCCAACUUUUUCAUCAAAGCUUUCAAAAUGAUUGACGAGCGAUUUGAGGACCAACAGAUUCCUUCUGCAAGUGGGCCAGUUCUACUCUCUGAACGAGGGUCAGAUGCAGUUUUGACCAUGGGCAACUUAGAGGAACUUGUUAUUCAUAUUCUCGACGUAUCGUCGAAUAUUUCAAUUUUUUUGGAUUCAUUUCCGCCUGCGAAAGAUUAUCUGAACAACGAAAAUUUCGUCAAUGAGAUUGUUCAUCUUUACGGUAAUACAAUACCCGAAAUGUACAAGAGACUGGAGCCACUUGCGCACAAAGACGAGACCAUUGCGAGAUAUAUGGAACUGAAGCAUCGAUUGGAUGUAACGAGAGUCGAAUUGCUCAAAAUAUUUCGUACGUUAACAUUCCAUCGUAUCGAAGGAAUACUGGAAGCACCCAACCCGUCCGACGUGCCUGGAGCAUCGGAAGAAGUUGAAAAAUUCAUUGAGUUUUUGAACAAGGCUGUAAGCGAGAGGGAAUUUAUUAUCGACUACAACGUCAGUUAUCCAAUUGAGACUGAUCUAGAUUUAGCUUCACAAAUAAGUCAAGAUAUCGACCCGGUAAAGUACAAUUUCAUUAAAAAAUCCGUACUCGCGGAAUUGAUUUGCGAUCGAUCCAGAAAAUGGCCGACAACGAAUAAUGCCACUGCGCCAAUACCUGUCGCCGGAAGUUCACAGGAACCUGUAACGAAUCCAACUUUGAACGAUGGUCCCAGGAACGAAGCAACUAAUGGAAUCACGAGUAAAACUCCGAAGGAGCUGGCUUCUCUCAUAAGCGGAGUAAAGGACAUUCUUUGCGAUCUCGGCGAAGGAUUCAUCGAGAGGUGUUUGGUGCAUUACAAUUACGACGUGGCGACUGUAAUAAAUGCAGUUUUUGAGAAUUCUUUGCCGGAGAACCUGAAAUCGCUGGACAGAACACUUCCGUACAUUCCACCAGAUCCAGCGGAAGCUUCUGCAGCAAUCGAUCGAGUAUUGGGCAGUGAAAGAUUGAACGUUUUUGAUAACGAUGAAUUUGACGUCAUGACGAGAGACGUCAUCGAUAAAACUCGAGUCCAUAAAGGAAAAAGGAAAGAUAAGUACAAAAAUUUUGGUCAAUUGAUUAAUGAUAAAUCCCACGUGAAAGAAACGAGCAAUAUCUAUGAGAAAUACAGCAUGGUGCUGGACGAGUACGACGACGAGUAUGACGACACUUACGAUAGUCAUGAUGUUGGGCCAAAUGGAAUCGACGAGCCGUUGGAAAUGGAUGGAAGAGCUUUCACAACACCCAGGGUACUGAGAUGGGAUGAAAAACGUGAAAUUGAGGAUGAAGACGAGGAUCAGGAAGAUGGCGAAGUAGAAGAGGGUCCGAGCAGGGCUCAAAACGAUCGUCUUAAUUUUGCUCAAGAUCCAGCUGAGAUGAGAGCACGUGCUGAGCAAAGGAGACUUUCGCAACGCGGGGGCAAGACAGCUGGGAGCAGCGCAGGAUCUCGGGGCGACGUAAUUGGCAAACCAAAGGGACAGGGCAACGAUAAAAACGUGCUGAUAAACAGAGAUCGCAAAAAUACGAAUAAGGCUUCUCGCGCCAAUCAUAAUCGACGCAGUGGCGCUGAUUUCAAAAGAAGACAGGGCAUGGUUCCCUAAUUUCGAUGAAAAAUUAAAAAAAAAAAAACCCAACAAAUACGCUGCAGUUACGAGGAGCACAUACAGUAUUCUGCUGCAUUUGUGCUUUCCAAUUAGCGCUGAAUAGUAUUCAGAACGACACCGUGUCCAACGUAGAGCGCAGAGCAGAGCGUUCCAGCUACGACACACUAAAGCAAUGUGCGCCCGAAUUAGCUCUAAUUGGCAAGCACCCAUUGCAAUGUCAGUCAAUCGUUGAAUUUCCAACGACAAUUUUACAUUAAUAUAUAUAUACAUAAAUGUAUAGUCAGAUCUUCGUGAGAAAUCUUGUAUUUUUUAUGGUGGAUCGAAAAAAUUGGUAUUUUUCUCAACCUCUUAUGUGAGAAACCAAAGAAACGAAGUUAUCGAAACUGCCACUUUUGUAACGAUCAAUAAAGUUCGUGGAUUUCUUGAAAUUACAAUUCACCGUUGGAAAAUCUGACAGGUUUUCUCGAUCGAUGAAAUAAUGUUGUUUUUGACCCUUUAUGUAUACGAGGAUGGCCAUGCCAAAAAAAUAUGCUAAAUUCAUUAUUUUUUGUUUCUAAAAAUCGAAGCUUCGUAAAUUUCGUAAGAUUGGUCAAGUGUUUUCAAAGGUUUUGACUUUUUUUUUUGACAAAUGCAAAAGGAUUGAAAAUUCUAGUACGGACGAAUUUGUGAUUGUAAAAGUAAUAAAGCUUCAAUGAUCCUUCACAA